ACGUAACCACGAUUUGUAUUAUUGUCCAUGAUCAGAUGAACACGUCGCAUUAUGAUAGUUAUAAUGGAGUAAUGCUGUUCAGUGAGUUUGUGUGUGUAGUUUAGUGGUGUGUGCAAAAAGCGAAAAUGAUGCAAGGAUUGUUGGAUUCUCUGUACAAAAUCUAUUCAGAUUGGCGCGCCCCGAUGACGGAUGAAUCGGAGGCGGCGCGGCGGGGGCGCGGGGUGCCGCCGGCGCCGCCGCCCCGCCCGAGCGUCCGCCCCGAACCGAAGCCCCGUUCAGCCCCACCCCGUCUCAUAAGACCAUCUGAGCACCUGGCGAUGGUUGAGAAAGCGAUGGCGGAGAAGGCCAUGGCCAGGCCCAUGGGUGAAAAGCCAGUGGAGCGCCGGCCUCCGCCCCUCAUGCCGGCGGUGACGGUAUUGCACGGGCCUAGGCCGGCCCCGCCGCCACCGCCUGCCCCCAGGCCGUAUGUACCACCGCCGACGCGAAUGCCAGUGCCUGCUCAUCCUGUUAUGAGGCUGCCGCAACCACCGAGAAACCCUCAGCCCCCAACGUUAGUGCAAGCUCCGCCCGUGGCGCUCCCCCCGCAGAGUUCUGCCCCCGCGCCCACCUCCCCGCACUGCUCCGCGCCGCGCACCAUCGUCAUCCAAAGGCCGGACGCCAGACACGGCUUCGGUUUCACCCUUAGGCAUCUUGUUGUUUACCCGCCGGACUCUCUACAAGAGUUAUACGAGGAUGCGCGCCACCUGGCCGUGGGCGCGGUGGGCGCGCCAAUGGACACGAUCUUCGUGAGGUCAGUGCGGCCGGGCGGGCCGGCAGCGCUCGCGGGCCUGCGGGCCGGCGACCGCGUGCUCGCCGUCAACGGGGAGCCCGUGGCGUGCGGCCGCUCGCGGGCGCCCUACGCGCGCGUCGUGCAGCUGGCGCAGCGGGAGCCGCGCGUGCUCAGGCUCACUGUGGUGCCGAGGGACCACGACCUGCUGCAGAGGUAUUUCAGCGAAGCGGCCUACAACCCAGAGACGAACCAGCGGCCGAUAGAGAUGCCGGCGCCAAUAACGGAGCACGAGUCGCGGCUGUUCGACGCGUACCGGCGGCCGCGCGCCAGCCUGCCCGCGCUGGCCGGCCCGCAGGCGCCCGCGCGCCACCGCGAGGACCCGGAGUACGCGACCGUCGCGCCGCCUACGCCCCGCUUCGACGCGCGGCUCGCCAACGCGCCGCAUUACAUUAUACAUGAUGGCAGGCGGGAAUCCGACAUAUCGCUGCCGUCAUCAGCCACGGAGAGCAAGGACAGUCUCGGCUCAUUCGAUUCGAACUCAACGCUCACGGGCCGAGAACUGGACGACUCGAUAAUCCUCUCCCGAAUACGAAAGAGCCUCGAACAAAAGGAGGCGUUCCUCAGACGUCCCAGCCAACCCACGGGUUGGGUGACCCCGGACGCGCCGCCACCGAUCAAGCAGAAGGAGUUUUACGCUCGACCACAGAAACUUCAAAAGCCGGCCUGGCCGCCUCCCCCCUCCUCCCCACCGCUCGCUGCUUCACCCCCGCCGCAACCACACCAAGAACAGAGGAAGGAAGAGUGCGCCACUAGUGUCGACAGCGGCACCUACAGUGGCUAUGGGGAGGUGAACGGCAAUAAUGAUAAGAAAAUUAAACAGGACAAGAGCCAGUUUGUGUCCACAUUGUCGAAGAUACAAGAGACGGCGCCAAGCAUUCAGAGUAAUAACGUUGGUACAGUCAGCAACGGAUCGAAUAAUGACAAUAAAGAUGAUUCAUCGAAUAACCAGGACAAUAGAUACCCGGCGGGCGAGCUGCAGCUGGUGACGGCGCGCACCCGGCAGCUGGAGGAGGCGCGCGGCGUGGGCGAGAAGCGCACGGAGGUGGCGCGCAGCGAGCUGGCGCGGCUCUCCGCCACGCGCCUCGAGCCCAGCGUGGCGCUGCGCCGCAAGGAGUUCGAGACGCGCGCCGCCCGCCGCGAGGCGCGCUCGCUCGACGUGCACCCGCAACCAGAUAUAGAUCACGAGCCGACGCCCCUGGGCGGCAGCUUGUCCGGCAACCAGCUUAUGAUCACCGGCAGCAAACACCUGCAUUGUCCGCCUCCCGAUGGAUAUGUGCAAGAAACGGAAAAGGUUCAAAUGCGAACAAGGUCAAAUAGUACCGGUAGUGAAGGAUUACCUAUUAGAAGACAUCAUGCCACAGAUGGCAGUCACGCGAAGCGACGUAUGGGGCUGAACAGAGAGCAAAUGGAGGCGAUGAAUCGCGUGUCGCUAGGGAGGGACGAGGGGCCGCAGAGGCCGACGCAGCUGAGCCUGGCCCCCUCGCCCCCCACCUCGGCCGGCUCGCCGUCGCCCACGCCAAGCACGCCCGCCGACUCAGGUUUUGCUGAUGAUCUCGUCACGAGACGACAAAAGAAGGAUGCACAAUUAGGAGAAGAAGAACGCGCUAUGCGAAGAGUCUCCUACUUAAAAGCGACUUGGGGUGAUCGGUUGCACUUAGACAGCGAUGUGGAGCCAGAAAUCGACCACCAUGCCUUGCGAAGUGCUUACCGCAAGUGGCGCCCCCCACGAUUUGCAGACGACAUAACUCCGCUGCUGCGGAUAUUCGACCCGCACGCGACCUCCCCCACUCGUUCAGAUAAGAAAAACCAAGAGGCACCGGAUAACGUAGAGGCCAUUGAAGGUGAUGUACAAGGCAACGUGCAAAUAAAGAUGGUGGUCAGUAAUGGAAAGCGUGCCAGCGACAGAUCGUGGAAGCAGGUGUGGGCGGUGCUGCACGGCACCAAGCUGUACCUGUACCGGCACAACCCCACUCAGAGCCCCGGUGCAGUGACCGGCACGGGCGCGAACGCGGAGAGCUCGCGGGACGCGCUCGACGUCCGCUAUUCGCUCGCCGCGCUCGCUGACGACUACACGAAGCGAAAACACGUCGUCAGAGUGACCACAGCGGCUGGCGCUGAGUUACUAUUGCAGGCGGAUGGCGCAGCAGAUGCUCAAAGAUGGCUUGCAGCCCUCAGACGACACUCAGCAGAACCUCCCGUAGAGUCAGCAGCAAUCCCGGCCCCUCCCUCUUCCGCACCUCCCACAACUACCGCUCCCCCGGCCUCCGCAGACUGCUCAUCGCCACUCCCUCCACAGAGAAGUAAAAAGAUCGGCAGGAACAGAUCGCCUACGGUGUCCAUGGUGGGCCCGCCCACGCCCACUCUCCCCUCUUCGCCCAAGAACAAAACGUGGAAAGGUCGCAUGGCCAAGCAGUUCCGGCGCAUGCACGGCGGCGCGCACGCCGCGCCCGCCGCCGCCACGGGCUGGCUCGGCGCGCCGCUCGAGCGCUGCCCCGCCGACCCCAACCACCCGCUCGUGCCCAAAGCGGUCACCCUGCCCGCUGAUGCCGUUGAGGCGUACGGGCUCCGCACGGUGGGCGUGUACCGCGUGCCCGGCAACGCGGCGGGCGUGGCGGCGCUGGCGGCGGCGCUGGACCGCGGGGAGCCGCCGCCGGAGGGCGACCCGCGCUGGGCCGACGUGCACGUCGCCUCCAGCCUGCUCAAGGCGUACCUGCGCCGCCUGCCCGACCCGCUGCUCACCGCCGAGCUGUACCCCGCCUUUAUCGCGGCGGACCGGUCGGCGGAGCGCGCGCACGAGCUGCGGCGGCUGGUGCGCGCGCUGCCCGAGGCGCACUACGAGACGCUCAAGUACCUGGUGCGGCACCUGCGCCGCGUGGCCGCGCACGCGCCCGCCAACAAGAUGGAGCCGCGCAACCUCGCCAUCGUCUUCGGGCCCACGCUCGUGCGCGCCGCCAGCGACGACAUGCUCGCCAUGGUCAACGACAUGUCCAGCCAGUGCCGCAUCAUCGAGUCCUUCCUCACGCAUUACUCGUGGUACUUCGAGGAGGAGGACGGCAGCCCGCCGGCCGAGCCGCCCGCCGCCGACCCGCUGUCGCCCGCGCCCGCGCCCUCGCGGGACCUGCUCAUACACAACGUCAAGAAGAUCGAAGGCAAAGACGUGUCGACGCGCGACAUAGUGUCGUCCAUAAUAUCGGCGGCGAACCGCAAGAUCCAGCGCAAGCCGCGCAAGAGCGACAAGAAGUGGGAGGCGGCGCGCGCCGACGCGUCGCCCGGCGCCUCGCCGCCGCGCUCCCCGCCCGCGCACCUCGCCGCGCACCUCGCCGCGCCGACCUACGAGUCUGACAAAAACGAUAUGGAUUCAAUGAGCCGCGGUCGACAGGACAUCUCGCGACACACACACUCGCUUAACAACUUCUCUAUAGACGGAACCGGAGAUUUAGUGUCUUCUCUCACGAGCACCUUCGAUCAGAAACUGCGGACGUUGAACAACUCGUCGCCGCUCGACGACGGCAGCAUCCCGUACGCGGACGAGUGCCAGGACGAGCACGACGAGGGCAAGUCCGCCGGCAGCUCGCCCUCCGAGGGGAGCCUGCGCAGCGAGCGCGACGAGCGCGACGAGCGCGACGAGCGCGUGUCGCCCGGCCUGCGCGCGCACGAGCUCAAGGCGGCCUGGCUCGCGCGCGAC